AGCCGCUAGAGCCGCCGCGGCGCAGCGAGGCCGGCCGCCGGGCACUUCCUGUGGAGGCCGCAGCAGGCGCGAGCGCCGAGGACCAGCCAGCUGAGCCCGCCGCCGCCGCCGCCAUGGGCCAGAACGACCUGAUGGGCACGGCCGAGGACUUCGCCGACCAGUUCCUGCGAGUCACCAAGCAGUACUUGCCUCAUGUGGCACGCCUCUGUCUGAUUAGCACCUUCUUGGAGGAUGGCAUUCGCAUGUGGUUCCAGUGGAGUGAGCAACGGGACUAUAUUGACACCACGUGGAGCUGUGGCUACCUGCUGGCCUCGUCCUUCGUAUUCCUCAACCUCCUGGGACAGUUGACUGGCUGUGUUUUGGUGCUGAGCAGGAACUUCGUGCAGUAUGCCUGCUUUGGGCUGUUCGGAAUCAUCGCACUGCAGACAAUUGCCUACAGCAUUUUGUGGGACUUGAAGUUUCUGAUGAGGAACCUGGCGUUAGGAGGAGGUUUGCUGCUGCUCUUGGCAGAGUCCCGCUCAGAAGGGAAGAGCAUGUUUGCUGGUGUUCCCACCAUGCGUGAGAGCUCCCCCAAGCAGUACAUGCAGCUUGGAGGACGGGUCCUGCUGGUCCUGAUGUUCAUGACCCUCCUUCAUUUUGAUGCCAGCUUCUUUUCUAUCAUCCAGAACAUUGUGGGCACAGCUCUGAUGAUCUUAGUAGCCAUUGGUUUUAAAACCAAGCUGGCAGCUUUGACUCUUGUCGUCUGGCUGUUUGCCAUCAACGUGUAUUUCAACGCCUUCUGGACAAUCCCAGUCUAUAAACCCAUGCAUGACUUCCUGAAAUAUGACUUCUUCCAGACCAUGUCAGUGAUUGGAGGCCUGCUCCUGGUGGUGGCUCUUGGCCCAGGGGGUGUCUCCAUGGAUGAGAAGAAGAAAGAGUGGUAACAGACAGACCCCUCCCCUCCCUGCCUGAGGCACAAGGCCCUGGACUGGUUCAGGGUAGAAUCAACAAACUGCCAGCGUUUAUGUGUCCUCUUCCCUUCCCUUCCCUUGGUAAAGGCACAGAUGUUUUGAGAACUUUAUUUGCAGACACCUGAAAAUUGAAGGUAAAAUCUGCUUUGGAAACAGUCUGGAGUCUGACUGACCAGGGCUGGCCAGCUGGAUGGUCAUUCCUUAGCCAAGGCUUCGAAUAGACAGUUUGGUGGGCUAUGGCCUCAGUCCUGUCUUUGAGUUUCUUUUGGAGGUUGAGGACCUUCAGGUUGUACUGAGAUGUACUUUAUCAUUCAGAGCAGUUUCCCUUUUAGUUUUACGUUUACAUCCUUAGCUCAAAUUACUAAAUGACUUAGGAUGGUCCAGCCAAACACCAAACAGCUAAAACCUCCAGUUCAGAAUCCUACCAGUGGCCCCAGGUAUUUUAUAGGAUCAGUGAAAAUGAUAGAGGAACCCCAAGCCUAGAGAACAGUACAGUAUUGGAGAGGUGGCUGCUACUGCUGGCCCAGGUCCUUGAUGUCAAGCUGACUGAAUGCUCUUUACUGGGUGAAAGGUACCCUGGGAGUUUUGAUGUCUCCAAGCAGGGCUGGGGUCAGGGGCAGGAAGUUCUUGGAAAGCUGCUGGUUUGGAUACUGCUAUCCCCUCAAGCCUGGUGGUGGGAAGGGCAGGAGAGCAAGCUGCUCAUGGGAUGGCCCACCAUGGAACCAGCCUGGGGAGCAGUAAUGCCAUGGGGCCCAAGUGAGGAGCUCCAGUACUGAAGACACCCAGGCUUAACCCGGUUACCUCACACUUGACCUUCUCAGAGCAAGACCUGGACCCCACAGGUCAUGUUCACCCCAGCUUAACUCCCUGUUCCAGGCUGAGUUUACCCCAUCGACAGCCCUGAUGCCACCAUUUCCCUAAGGCUGUUGCUUGCUCAGAUUUUUGUCAACUUGCUCUGCUGGAUGCAGCCAAGAUACUUUUUACAAUUUGUGAUGCCUUACCAAUUUGAUCUCAGUCCUGUAUUUAAAGUUUUCUAACAUUGCCUUACACCGUGUUUCUCUUUUUGGGGGUUUGGGGGGGAUGUUUAAUGCUGUGGUCCUGCUCAUUUGCAUGGUAGUGCCAUGAGGGUAGUUGGGCUCCUCCUGGACUUCCCCCAGGUCUAUUGGAGAGAACAGGUAGACAGGCUUAGAA